AUGGCAAAUCAAUCAGAAAACCGACCUACAGCAACGGACGUGGGCAAUAUUUUCAUAAACCAAUAUUAUGAUUUCUUUCAAAACGAUUCUCAGGUGCUCCAUAAAUUUUACCAGGAGUCAAGUGUGCUAUCUCGUCCUGGACCAGAUGGUUCGACGACGACAGUGACAACUAUGGAAGGCAUUGAGAGCAUGCUACUGUCCAUGGGCUACCAGAAUUAUGGUGAUUUAGAGAUAUCAACCACUGAUUCUCAGUUUUCAUUCAAUGGUGGAGUGAUUGUUUUAGUGACUGGGUAUUUAACUGGGGGUGACAACGUGCGAAGAAAUUUUACUCAAACUUUCUUUCUAGCCCCGCAACACAACGGAUACUUUGUCUUGAACGAUAUCUUUAAAUAUGUGGAUUUUGUGCCAAGUAAUGUCGAUGAAAAUACACCACAAGCGCCUGUGCCCUCCAACCAUGUUGUUACAGAGCCCGCUGCAGUUGCUGAUCAGCCCGUGGUCAGUCAAACUACGUCUGUGGAGGUUGAAAAUACUAAUGGAAAGAGAGGGAAUGAUGUGAUGGAAAAUGUUCCGGAACCUGUUACUAAAUAUAGUGUUAGUGCUGAUGAUCCCAUUGAAUCAAGACGGAGUGUUGCCCAGAAAGAAACGGAAGCCACAGCUUCUAUCACCCAGAAUGAUGCUCCGAAGAAGUCUUUUGCAGCAGUGGUGACUGCUUUGAGUGAGAAUAAAGCUCCAUUCGUUGUGAGGACACCUGCACCCAAACCUGCACCCAAACCUGUUGAGCAACCGCGUGCACCUGGAACGCCUGAAGCUUUAACUCCCCGAAACAACACUGCUAUGGAAAAGAAUAAUGUCCCUGCAGUUAAGUCUCAUGCCAUUUUCGUCGCCAAGUUGCCCAUGGAUGCGACUCGUGAAGAACUGGAGAAGAUAUUCAAGCCUUACGGACCCAUCAAGCGCAACGGGAUUCAAGUUAGAAGCAAUUGGAAUCAGGAAAACUGUUUUGGGUUUGUGGAAUUUGAAUCUGCUGACUCCAUGCAACGUGCGCUUAAGGGAUCUCCGAUCAAAUGCGGCGAAUGUGAGCUACACGUUGAAGAGAGACGAGCCGGCGACAAAGGAAGGUUCUCAUCAGGAAGGGGUGGCUACCGAAAUGACAACUUUAGGGGCCGCGGGAACUAUAAUGGAGGCCGCGGGAACUACAGCGGAGGCCGUGGUUAUGGAAGAGAUGAUCAGGAGAAGAGGGGCGAAUAUCGUGAAUUCUCUGGUGGUCCAGCAGCUAGGGGGAAUGCCGGGCGCAAUGCAGAAGGUUAUCAGAACCAGAAGUCUUACCAGAAUGGAGGAAAAGCUCCUCGUCAAACGGCGAAAUCUGCUGCUGCUUAAAUUAGACUAAGGAACUUAAAACAUAAGAAGCUUAUUUACUUGAGAGAUUUCAUACAGAAGGCAUUAAUUUUUGGUAGGCACAAGUUAGAGAGCGGCCAUGUUACUUGGGAGGACUUUGACCUCACUGAGUUUUCCCCAGUUUUAUUAUUAUUCUCUCUCUUGUUUUUUGGUCUGAAAAAUGUUUGAACAAGCAAUGGUCCUGAAAGGUUCACUAUUGCAUUUUGAAGCCCAUUUACUCUGCAAUGUAGACAAAAAUGGAAUUGUGAGGUUGGGAAAUUUUAUUUAAAUCCAUGUAACCU